AUGACUGUGUGGUCCAACUAUGAAGUAACAUUCUUCACCCAGGUAGUAACAUUAGUCACUGGUGCAUUUUGUAAUAGAUCAUCUGACAUUCUGAUCAUCACUCUCAUGACCCAAGUCAGCUCUUUACUUGAAAUGCUUAACCUCAAGUUCCGGGAUGUCUCCAAAAUUGAUCAGUCACCUGCUACCAGGAAUACAAAAAAGGGCGACCCAAACUACAUGCGGAACAGCACUGCUUCUGUGUUCUCCUCAUCGUUUCGUCGAAAUGGUGUCCUGGAACCUGCUCGCACUAUAAACUCUGAGAAUCAUUCUGAAGCUGAAAUGUAUAACUCGCUAGCCAGAUGCAUACAACAACAUCAGGAAAUUAUAAGCUUUGCGAAAGAACUCGAGAAGCUGAUGAACGAUGUACUUCUCGUUGAUUUCCUCUGCUGCAUGGUAGUCACAUGUUCGACUCUUUACGUUAGUACAUCGGCAAAUGAAAACUUUGGAGACAUGCUGUCGCACUUUGGGUAUCUCGUUGCCAUGACAUAUCCUUUGCUACUCUACUGCCUGUCCGCACAUGAUAUUAAAGAGCAGAGUGAGCAGGUGUGCAUGUCUGCCUACUGCUCCUCGUGGCCCCAAGCGACGAAGGGGUACCGGCGGGCUCUGUUCCUGCAUGACACCACACAGCCAGAACCAUCAGCACCACCUGUUGGUGUUUGA